GGUGUGACCGGAAGCGGUCUCCUAACAUCCGGGGAACUUGACUCAGGUGUUUUCUUUGUCGCGGUUAAAAUCUUCACUUUUACCUGAAAUGUCUGCUGAUUAAAGUGACGGCAGCCAUGACUGAAGUGGUAGAAAACACUGCUGUCAGCGGACCACCGGAGCUGGAGGAGUCCAGCUGUGCGGCCACACAGGAGCAGACAGACCGGAACUCCCUCAGUGAAGCGUUUCAAAACACUUUGGACAUUUCACAGGAUGUGGAAGCCUCGGAGGAUUCUGACCGCAGAGAGAAAAAGGAGCAGGAAGACGGGCAGAAGGACAAACAGCAGGACGGACAGAAAGACAAAGAGCCAGAUGAAGAGACAGUUCCUCCACCUGCAGCUGAAUCCUCCAACACAGAGACAAAGUGGGCUGUGGGUUCAGCGUGUCGUGCCGUGUGGUCGGAGGACGGUUGUGUGUAUGCGGCGACGGUUGUUGCUGUGGACGGAGAUCGUUGUAGAGUUCGUUUCCACGGCUACGGGAACCAGGAGGACGUAGAUCUGAGCUCUCUGAGGAGUCCAGACGUCUCUUCACCAACACAGAAACAAAACUCCUCUCAGUGUCCUGCUGCCGUCUGUCAGGACUGGAGACCUGGUUCUCGAUGCCGGGCCGUGUACUCGGAGGACGGUCUGGUUUAUCCGGCUGUCCUUCUCUGGGUCAAAGGUCAGCGAUGCUGCGUUCGCUUCGACAACUACGACAACGAGGAGGAGACGGACGUCAACAGCCUGCUGAACCCCGACGAGCUGCACGGACCCAGCAGAGUCCCCACAGCCAAGGGCAGUAACUGGAAGAGCAGCGUAACCAGCGGCAACCUGGACUGGAAGAGGAGGAGGAGAGAGGAGAACCAGGGGGAGAGAGGAGGAGGAGGAGGAGAGAGAGGAGGAGGAGGAGGAGAGAGAGGAGGAGGAGAGAGAGGAGGAGGAGGAGGAGAGAGGAGGUCAGCGAGGAGAGAUGAAGAGCAGAACUUCUCCUGGCUGAGGGAGAAGGCCAGUCCUCAGAGUAAAGUGGAGAAAGAAUCUGAAGAGAAGAAAAGAGGAAACCAGCAGAGAGACGAAGCAGAGAAACCGACCAAUCACAGCUUCUCUUUCUUCCCCCCGUUCCCUCCUCCUCCUCAGUCGGGCUCAGGGGAGCCCGUGUCCCUCGUCCCUCCUCCUCCUCCUCCUCUGUGGUCGUUUGGCGGCGCGGCGGGCGUCGACCCCUCCUCCAGCAUGUUGAUGCUCUGGUACAUGUGUGGCUUCCACACCGGCAGCUACAUGGCUCAGCAGGGCUUCAAGUCACACUCCAAAGACUGAGAGCUGCAGAGAGUUUUGGGACCGCCGGGAGAAAGAUCCACUUUGUUUUCAUUCAAAGAGCACUUUUUAUUUAUUUUGUCCAUUUUUAAGAUCCUUUUAUUUGUUCUUAGUUUGAUGUUUUGAUGCUGCCGCUGCAGAAGUAGUUUGUGUUCAGAGUUAACGAGACGUUUGUGUGUUUGGAUGUUUCUGUUGGUGAAUUAUAAAAACUGUUAGAAUGAAAUGAAGAUAAUUGGAGAGAAAAAAAGUAUCUUGUGAUUAAAAACGAAGGUGGAUAAACUGCA